AUGCUCAAGAAUGCGAAGCAGGGUAAGCGAGAUCGAGUCGAUCGCUCCGGUGUCGGGCGGGAAAAACUGUCGGGCACGAUCACUAGUCCCGUAGCACUGGCGGUCAGAACAUGUCACCGGGGCCGGCGUGGCGGGGCGUUGCGUGCGUUGUGCACGCCGUGCGGUUGCGACGGUGUGGCGGCGCGCGUAAAACGAGCGGGCGUCGCGACGUCGGCGGCGCGGAGCGUUGUGUGCGCUCGCGCAGCGGUGGGGCCGACCGGUCGCAACGGGGCCGCGCUCUCACCGCGGCCGGCGCUCGCUGCGAUCGCGCUUGGCGCCGCGCGGUCGGCCGAAGAAAGUCGCGCAUUCCGAAAACCGCGACGGCCCAAAAUCGCCACCCGACGCCCGCCGGCCACCGAC